AUGACAGCACUGGAGGAGACUCUGGAGCAGCUGUCACUGUGGGAAGCCAUGUUUGCCGAACUUUGCCCCAGUUCCUGCCACGUGGGCAGAAGCCCAGCCAGCAGGGACCGGGCGCCGCGCUCCCAAUCGAGUCAGAGAAGGAGGCCAGGGCAUCGCCGGGUCCCCAGCUGCUCGCCAGCGCCGGUGGGGCGCGCAGUCGGGGCAGCGCCCUCCCGAACUUUCCCGCGCGGCGCGGGGACCGAGGGCGCGGGCCGAGCUAGGCUCUCAGCGCUCGGCCAGGUGCAGAAGGCAGCGCGCGCCCCCGCGCACGAACCCGCGGCCCCGGAGGGCUCGCGUGGGGGCGCCGCGGGGGAGCGCGCACGCUGCCGGCCGCGGCAGGGACCCGGCCGCCCGCCGAGCGCGCGGGGACAUCACCGAGCGCGGGGACAGGUGUUGUUGCUGGCCCGCGCCCGCCGAGGAGGAGGAGGAGGAGGCAGAGGAGGAGCGGAGGCGGUGCCGCGCUCCCCACGCCGCUCUGGGUUCCCGGCCGUGCGCGUCCAGGACUGGGCGGCCGCCGAGACGCGGGGCACGCGCGACGGGCACGGGCCGCGCGCGGACAUGGACGAGUCCUCGCUGCUGGACCUGCUGGAGUGCGCCGUGUGCUUGGAGCGCCUGGACACCACGGCCAAGGUGCUGCCCUGCCAGCACACCUUCUGCCGCCGGUGCCUGGAGAGCAUCGUGUGCUCCCGCCGCGAGCUGCGCUGCCCCGAGUGCCGCAUCCUGGUGGGCUGCGGCGUGGACGAGCUGCCCGCCAACAUCCUGCUCGUGCGCCUGCUAGACGGGCUGCGCCGCCGGCCCCGUGCGGGCUCUGGCCCCGGCCCCGGCCCGCCUGCGCCCCCCGGCCCCGCAGCGCCCCCAGGCGCCCCUUGCGAGACGGCCGCGGGCAGGAGCGUACCGGUGGCAAAGAGCCUGUCCCAGCUCCCAUAUGGCAAGGCCCUCUAUAGCUACGAGGGGAAGGAGCCUGGGGACCUCAAGUUCAACAAGGGGGAUGUCAUCAUCCUGCGGCGCCGGGUGGAUGAGCACUGGUUCCACGGUGAACUGCAUGGCACACGGGGCUUCCUCCCAGCCAGCUACGUCCAAUGCCUCCGGCCCCUGCCUCAAGCCCCGCCCCAGGGCACAGCACUGUAUGACUUUGAGAUGAAGGACCGUGACCAGGAUCAAGACUGCCUGACUUUCACCAAGGAUGAAGUUCUGACAGUGAUCCGCCGCGUGGAUGACAACUGGGCAGAGGGCAUGCUGGGAGACCGGAUUGGGAUCUUUCCCCUGCUAUACGUGCAGCUCAACGACUCUGCCAAGCAGCUCAUCGAGAUGGACAAGCUGUGUCCAGCUGCCGCAGCAGCAUCCAGCUGUGCUGUUCCCUUGCCCUCCGAUGCCAGCACGGUGGCCAGCGCGGGCUUGGGCCCCACAGCAGGCAGCUCGGGGGCCGUCAGUGCCUUUCAGCGGCGCAUGGACAGCAAGAAGAACGCCAAGAAACGCCAUUCCUUCACGGCGCUCAGCGUGACACACAAGUCCUCGCAGGCAGUCACCCACAGGCACUCCAUGGAGAUCAGCGCCCCUGUGCUUAUCAGCUCCAGUGACCCCCGUGCUGCAGCCCGGAUAGGGGAGCUCACACACCCGCCCUGCUCCAUGCCCGCCCAGGACCCCUGCUCGGCUGGACCUGUCCCCACAGCUGUCCCGCGAGCCUCCACAGCAGCUGGAGAGCAGGGCACGUCUCCCAAAGUCCCGCUGCCCCUGAAUGUGUACCUGGCCCUCUAUGCCUAUAAGCCCCAGAAGAGCGAUGAGCUGGAGCUGCGCAAGGGUGAGAUGUACCGGGUGCUGGAGAAGUGCCAGGAUGGCUGGUUCAAGGGCGCCUCCAUGCGGACUGGGCUCUCCGGGGUGUUCCCUGGGAACUACGUGACGCCUAUCUCCAGGGCUCCUGGAGGAGCAGCUGGGCCACCCCGGAAUAGUGCGCUUGGAGGAUCUCCUCUGGCUAAAGGCAUGGCCACUACCAUGCACCCUGGCGGUGGCAGCCUAAGCAGGCCAGCCCUGCCCCUCACCACACCACAGGCCCAAGCCCCACACCCAGCUGGCUCCCCGCCAACGGGCAGCUGUCCUCAUCACACAGCCCAGCCAGCCACUGGCCAGACCCGGGGAGCUCUCUCUGCAGCCGCCCACCCCUCUGCUCAGGCCCAGGAUCGACCAACCGCCACCGUGACGCCCCUGCGGACCCAGAGCUCCCCAUCUCGCCUGCCUACCACCAGCCUCAGGCCCCGCUCCAUGGUGUACCCGCAGCCUGGACAGCAGUCUCCAGUUCAGACAAGUCCCCGGCCAGCCAUCCCCUUCACCUCCGCCGCAUCAGCCAUCACACCUCCCAGUGUCAGCACCACCAGCCUCAGCGGGGAUGCCGGCGGGGGCUCUAGUGGGGGCCUGUCCACAUCCAGCCCCACCAGCACUGGGUGUAGACUGGAGGACAAGAGGGGUGAAAAGAAAGAGAAGAAGAGCGGGCUGCUGAAGCUGCUGGCUGGGGCAUCAACCAGGAGGAAGUCACGUUCCCCGCCAUCCUUCUCCCCAACCCACGACCCUCUGGUGGCCACAGACACUUCGCUGCUAGGCGCCACGGGCCCUGACAUGUCCUCCCUGUCUGUCCACGGCAGGGCAGGCUCCUGCCCCAUUGAGAGCGAGAUGCGGGGAGCCAUGGGGCUGGAGCCCCUGCACAGGAAGACGGGCUCCUUGGAUCUGAACUUCUGCUCCUCCCCUGCCCGGCAAGCAGCUCUCUCCACAGCUGCCAUCCGCCCCGAGCCCAAGCCGCUGCCCAGGGAGAGGUACCGCGUGGUGGUCUCCUACCCGCCCCAGAGCGAGGCAGAGAUCGAACUGAAGGAGGGCGACGUGGUCUUCGUGCACCGCAAGCGCAAGGACGGCUGGUACGAGGGGACCCUGCAGCGAAACGGACGCACAGGGCUCUUUCCGGGCAGCUUCGUGGAGAGCUUCUGAGGCAGCCAGGCACCUGGCAGGCAUGGGUGGAGAAGAGGACUGGGGUGUGCACUUGCACCUUCCCCGUGAUGUCCAAGCCCUGAAAUGACCUGAAGGGAGAGGCUGUGGAGGACCUGGCAGCAUCACCAUUACUGUGGCAGGUACACUGGGAGCCACAGGAGGCGGCAGGUCCAGCUGUGUGGGGCAGAGCUUCAGGAGGGUCCUUCUCAGCCGCCCUGGCGUCACCUGUCUAUACCUCAGCCACCUGUCACCUGGCCACAAGGGCGCUCCUGUCUAGCCAGCCACCCCAGGGCUGCAUCCUGCCCAGCUGUAAGCAUCACCCCUGCUUCACCGCUGUCCUCCAUGCUGCCUCUUUCUUAUGCUGUUUUCUAAUGUGCAGCGUUAGACUGUGUCCGUUUCUCAUGGGUCAGACAUCCUCUAUUUUCACACAUCUGGUGCUGCCUUUUGUAAAAUUCGUAAUGACCUGGGCGAGCUUGAAAGAAGCAAUGUCCAAGGUGACAUCUAAGGCAGGUUUUAUUCUCCGAGUCAUGAGCAUUUGGAUGCCCAUCCUCGACAUCAGAUGUGGCCAAUGCUGCAUGGGUGAGUGGCAGGCGGUCUGGGCGUAGAGGGGGCAUAGAGCCGAAGUAGCUCAUCUAAACCCUCAGAACCCACCUCUGGAGAGACAUCGAUGAGUGUUAUUCAGGAACAAGGACCGAGUGCGAGGGCGCUUCUAACUGCCUUUCUGCUGCCAGUGGGAAUAACACAGGGUUGACCCAGUCCAAGGUGGCAGGAGCAUCGUUUUAUUCCCCAGAGAGAAUGACUGUCAUUAGCCUUCUCAAAACAUGGACUCUUGCCAUCAGAAUGUGCAGUUUUCACCACAGUUCAGAUCACCACCUUGCAAAGAUUUUUUUCUCCUUUUUAAAAAAUAAAUUACUGCUCCCUUA